CUGCUGACUCCCAGCCUGCUGGCUCCUCCUCUGGGCUUCUCCCCUCCCCGUGUAUGUAUCAACUCUGACGGGUCACGUUAGCAGAGUGGGCCGGUCUGCGUGGACGCGCGGAGCUCCCUUCCGACGACUUUUCCUUUUGGCUUCGACAUACCUUUGACGGUUCUUCGGCUAAAUAAACACCAAAUAGUGGCAACGGGUUAUUUCACAAACGACACAAUCCCGGUGCUAAGUGAAUGAUCGCUACACCGGGGCUCGCCGCCUACUCGGACGCCGAGGAUCAGGCUCAUCGCGGGGCUUGGACGACGAGAGGUCCCUCUCUGUGGAAGGUGCGCUGGAGUGGUUGCGGAUGAUAUGGAAAAGAAAUAGUUGAGUUUGGACCUAGCUGAAGUCAUGGAUCUGAGUUGGAGAAACUACUUUGAGGAGGAGCUUCUAUGUCCCAUCUGCCUGAAUGUGUUCGAGGAGCCCAUCCAGCUGCAAUGCAAACACAACUUCUGCAAAGGUUGCAUCUCAGAGGCGUGGGCUAAAGACAGCGGCGCGGGGGUCCGCUGUCCCGAGUGCAACCACGAGUACGAGCAGAAACCUUUACUGGAGAAGAACUUCAAGCUGGCCAAGAUCGUGAAGAGGUUCAACGUGUUGGACUCUGAGAAGGCCCCGGCAACUUUGCACUGUGUCCUGUGCAGACGAGGUCCGUCCCUGCCCGUCAGGAAGGUGUGCCUGCGUUGCAAGGAGCCCUGUUGCCAGAUGCACGUGCACAUGCACCUGCAGCAGCCGUGCGCGGCGCCGGGUCACCUGCUGGUGGAUGCGGAGGAGCUGAGCGCCUGGACAUGUCCCAGUCACGAUGAAUACAGGCUGCUCCAUUGUGAGGAGGAGCAGGUGGCUCUCUGUGCCUUCUGCUGCAUCUCGCACUGCACAGGCAAAAGACACACAGUGUGUGAUGUGGACACACAACGCAUGCAGAUGCAGGCCGUGCUAAUGAGGCAGCAAGACAGACUGGAGGGUCGUGUUCAGAACAUCGAUGAGCACAUUACCAAGCUGGAGUCUGACAAGACGCUGAUGAAGGAUGCAGUGUCAGACCUGAAGGAGCAAGUCCGAGACCAGUACCAAAGGAUGCACGCCUUGCUUGAAGCCAAACAGUGUGAAACUAUGCAGAUGUUGGAGAGAGCCUGCAGCUCGUAUGCAAGGAAACACUCCCAGCAGGUUUUACAGCUCAGUGAGAGGCGGCAACAGGCGGAAAAACUCCUCAGUUCGGUGCAAGCCUUUUUUCAAAGAGCAGACAACAUCAACUUCAUGAAGAACACAAAACCCUACCAACUACUAAUGGACAGGUCAAAUUCACAGCUCAACAGUGCCGUGCCGCCACUCUCAGUGGGCCAAAUCAACUCUCAUCAUUUGUUCUCAGGCCUCUCGACGCAGGAGAAGAAUUUGCGCAAAAUACUAGAGGAACCUGUCAAUGAGGCAUCCAUUCUUGAGAUAGUCCCUACACACCUCAGCUCUGUUGGCGCCCGCUCAGGACUCAAUAAGAGGAAAUAUGGCAUGGCUUUUGUGGAGAGUAACACGGAAAACUCCACUUCCCAGCAUCCCCCGCCUUUGCUCUACAGCAACAAAAAGCCUCUUUUGUCUGAACACAGCCAGCGUAAUUCAAAUAUGUUCCCCGCUGAAGGCCAAGGCCACGGUCGCUUCCUGGAUGGUUCGGCCCAACACUCAGGGCCCGUUUUCCCGGCACACCUCCAGGGCGGAGGCACGUCCCAACAGGCCGUAUAUGAGGGGAGGAAAGUCCUGAUGUGCACUCUGAACAACUGCUGCUGCUCCAGGCCUGCAGCUGCUCGAUCACACUCCCACUACCCAACACACGACACCUUCGCCCCCAUUGCCUCUCAGGAGUUUGGCACCCUCCCUGCCAGCCAACCCCUGCAGCAUUUAUCCAUGAGGCACCAUGACUAUUAUGGCCUGUACAGCCAGUCUUCAACCAAGCAUUACGGGACCAAGUAACAAUCGUACUAUCAACAUCACCAUUAAUGACAUCAUCAUUUUGGAUUCUAAAUGCGCUUACUGCACAAUUCAUUAAGAUCGAUAAGAUUUUAUUUAGCUCGUAUAUUGAAUCAGAUGUGCAAAUGUACCUAAUGAAGUGGCCUGCUAAUAUGUCCUCGUCCCAUCUACAGCUCACUUGGACAACAUGCCUGGGAAUAAUAAUGCAGAUAAUAUAGUCUUAAAUCAAUAUAAUCUAUCAACUGUAUCUUAAAGAAAAUACAUUCCCCCUCCAAAAAAAGGACUAAAGAGAAAUCAGUGCCUAAAAGACUUCCCCUGCUCUUAUUUUGACUUAUUUCCUGUUUGCUGGUGAAGGCAUGCAAGGAAGCUUGUAUGCACUCCAGAGUCCAAGUGGCUUUAAACAAACACUGGACCACACAUGCUUGUCAAUAUUUUACUACAUUUGUAAAGGCUUUAAUAAACCACAAAACGGUGAAAAUAUGAAAUCAACUCUGUAUUGAUGUGAUUCCUUAUAGUGUUUUAACAUGAGUUACAGUAUCUCAUAAAAGUGAGUACACCCUUUACAUUACAACAAGUAUUUGUAUUACUUUUUGAGGCACUAUGCUAUCGAAAUUAAAUGUUAAUAUUAUUUAAUGUAGCCAGUGUAUACCUUGAAUAGCAGUAUAGAUUUACUAUUAGGGAUGGGUACCAAAUUCUGGCAUUGCUACCGAGUACUGAUUUAUGUAAAAUGAAGUGGUACCAUGUUUUGGUACCUAAAUGCAUUCUUUGGACUGUCAAUACAUUCACAUGCACUAAUAAAAACAUACAGGAAUUGGCUAAAAAAAAAACUAUUUUGAAAAUGCAGGUUGACACCUUAAUUGAGAUCUUCACUAGGUUCGUGGGCCCUAGUGAGAUUCAGAUUCAAUUCAGAAAACUUUAUUUAUCCCCAAAGUGGGCAAUUCAUUUGUAGAGGAUAAGCAGCAUAGAAAAUGGAUGGACGGACUACGUUUGUGGGUAUGCUAGAGCGAGAGGCGGGGUACAUCUUGGACUGGUCGCCAGCCAAUCACAGGGCACAUAUAGACAAACAACCAUUCACACUCACAUUCAUACCUAUGGACAAUUUGGAGUAUCCAAUUAAUCUAACAUGCAUAUUUUUUGGAAUAAGUAAGCAAAGGGGCGAACAUGCAAACUCCACACAGAGAUGAUCCACAAGCAAUAAUGAAUAUAUAUCAAGAAAUGAGUGUGUCAAAUAGAAAAAUAAACACACACAAAAGCACUGCAAAUUGGUACUGUUAAGUACCGACACAGGUUACCAGGUACCCGUCAUUGGUACCGUAUCCAUUCAAAUGUGAAAGAUAUCUAUCCCUAUUUACUAUCUACUUAAAAUAAGUCAAGACACAGCCAUUAUCGUGUAAAUAACUGGCAACACAAGUGAGUACCAUGAUAAUUGUGUCUUGCUUUGGUGGUAGUGUCAUGGUUUGGGGCUGCAUGAAUGCUACCGGCAACACUGUGUGACUUUGUGAAGUAGCGCAUGAACCCCUUUCCUUGGGAAAUGUAUGGCAGUUUUACCAACAGACUAAGCCCAGACUCCUCCAAGAUGACAAGUACCAUGCUGAGGAAGCCUAUGGUGAAAGUGAUGCAGUGGCACAGUACUUGGCAUGUCUCCAGACCUAAACCUAAUUGAACAACCUCAAACGGAAAGAAGGAAGGACGGGAGGAAGAUGGGGGAGUGCUAGGUUUCUAACAUCCACCGUCUCCACCGGUGAUGUCAUCAUGGAAGCGUGAAAGAGGAUUCCAGUAACAACCUUUGCAGCUCUGGUGAAUUCCAUAAAUGGACACAAUCUGGAAGUGUUAUAUUUCUAUAGUAUUGUCCAAUGAGAGUGCAUAAUAAAAUGGUGGCUGAAAUGAGGAGUCUUAAUAUUUUUUAACAAAGCACUGGGCCGCAUAAGAAACUCCACCCUGAAACAUUUAAGCAACAUUUAAGUGCAUGAGGAGAAGCUGCACAGAGAAUGAAUGAACAUUCAAGGAAACAAAACAAAAAUAAAACAAACAAGAAUGCUAAUCAGUUCUCUUCCACUUCCAUGUCCACAUCCGGCUCUCUGGCAAAACCAUCCCUCUUUGUCUCAUUAUUGGAGGUGCUUGUCAAGUUAUGUCGGAGUGUGGGAAUAACUGAUGAGACGUACAGACCCCCUCCAAGCCCUACCCUCCACCGUCUCUCCCGGGGUAU